UCAAGUUAAACUACUACAUGAGGAAGUAUUUCAUUUGAAAAAAUGCAUUUAUAAGCAUGUGUUGUCUUUAACUAACUAUUUCCCGUGGAAAAAAAAGUAGUUUUCCUGAAAAUAAGAUCAACUAUGUCUGUUGCUGAAGAUUCUCAAGCUGAAUUAGCAAUGGAUUAUGAUCGAUCGAAGGAGAUAAAGGCUUUUGAUGACACAAAAGACGGUGUUAAGGGACUAGUUGAUGCUGGAAUUGUGGAAAUACCAAGAAUGUUCAUUAGGCCAACUGAUGAACUUGCUGAGGAGUUGAUUCAGGUAAAGUCAACUCUACAGGUUCCAGUGAUAGAUAUCAGUGGCUUAGAAGUUGAAGAUGCGCAUAAGAAGAUUGUCGAUGAAAUAAGGGAAGCAUCAGAGAAGUGGGGCUUUUUCCAACUGAUAAAUCAUGGGAUUCCUUCAAGUGUUUUGGAAGGAAUGAUUGAUGGGACUCGUAAAUUUCAUGAACAAGAUGCUGAGUUAAAGAAAGAGUACUAUUCGCUUGAUAGAACAACGAGAAGAGUUAGAUACCACAGCAGAAUUCAACUGUCCCAAUCAAAUACCGCGAAUUGGAGGGAUUCGUUGAACAUAGCUAGGAUGUUUCUGGUCAAAUUGAACCUGAAGAAAUACCACCAGUUUGCAGGAGAGCAUAUGUUGAGUACUUAAAACAUGUCAUAAAACUAGGAGAAACUCUUGCCGACUUACUAUCCGAAGCUCUUGGGCUAAAACCAGACCACUUGAAAGCCAUGGAAUGUGCCAAAGGACAAGGAAUGGCAUGCCACUACUACCCAGCCUGCCCACAGCCAGAGCUAACUCUUGGUGUCGAUUAGCAUACAGAUCCUUUUUUCUUCACAAUCUUGCUUCAAGAUCAAAGUGGUGGACUUCAAGUCAUGCAUAAUAACCAAUGGGUCGAUGUUGAACCAAUUGAACAAGGUUUGGUUGUUAACAUUGGUGACUUUCUUCAGAUCCUUUCAAAUGACAAAUUUGUAAGCAUAAAUCAUAGAGUUGUAGCGAAAAAGGUAGGACCGAGGAUAUCAGCAGCAUGCUUCUUCACUGAGGUUUUCGAACCUCCAAAGAUAUAUUGUCCAAUCAAAGAGCUCAUAUCAGAAGAAAAUACUCCACUAUAUAAAGAAUUUAUUGCUAGUGAUUACAUCACUAAAUUUUUCUCCAAGCCUCUUGAUAUUUCCGGUCUGGAUCAUUUCCGACUCAGAAGAAUGACCUGGCGCCAUAUCGCCAAGCAGCAGCAAAAAUCACACAUAAACCUUUAGAAAAGAUAUCAGCAUUUUAUUUGCUGUAAAUAAUGUGAUUUGAUUUGCUGUAAAACAAGGCUCAUAUUCAUGAUGAAGGGAUAAAUCUUAAGAACACUUCCUUAUUUAAUA